UAGGUAGCUAUCGUUGUGUUUCCAUUACGCACCGUUGCUCUGUCUUCUUCUAAGGUACGAUUUUCCUUCUCGAUCCCGCUCCCGAGUAACAGUUCUCACCUUAUUUGAUCCGACCCGACCCGUUAAGCAAUCCCAAUUAGCAUUGUUAAUUAUCAUAAUUCCAACUUCUCUGUCACAAUUCGGUUUCCCGUUUCUCCAAGUUUGCUAGUAAUUGAUAAUUUCAUUGCGUUCGCCUCCAAAUUCUAGGGUUUAAUAAUCCAUAUGCACACGUAUAAAUAUAAACAUCGGCGAUUUGAUCGAGGUGGGAAUGGAGGUUAUGCUUAAUUGAUCGGCAAUAGUGGUUUUGUUUGUGUAUAUAUAAAAUGGCGAGUGCCGGCGACGAAGACGCCGAUGCUGUGCUCAGCGACGUGGAGGGCGACGAACCGGUCCCUACCGUGGUAAGGAGUCCGAGUCAGGAAGAUGUCUCGGUCGAGAAAUUUCGGGACCUUCUCGCGGAGCUCGAUCGCGAGCGGCAGGCUCGCGAGGCGGCGGAGAGCUCAAAAUCGGAAUUGCUGGUCUCGUUCAACCGCUUGAAGGCGCUGACUCACGAGGCGAUCAAGAAGCGCGACGAGGGCACGAGGCAGAGAGACGAGGCUCUGCGCGAGAAGGAAGAGGCUCUGAGAUUGUGCGAGAAGGUAUCGGCGGAACUGGCCGAGGCGAAUACGGCGAGAGACGAGGCUUCGAAGCAUAGGGAUGAGAUUGUGAGGCAAUUGGAUGAGACAGUGAAGGAGAGGGACGGGUUGAGAUCGGAGAUUGGGAAUUCGAACCACAUGCUUGUCACUGGCAUCGAGAAGAUAUCGGGGAAGGUCAGUAACAUCAAGAAUUUUGGGGCAGGCGGGUUGCCGAGGUCACAGAAGUACUCAGGGUUGCCGGCCGUGGCGUACGGAGUGAUCAAGCGGACAAAUGAGAUUGUAGAAGAGCUCCUUAGGCAGAUUGAUGCCACGACUAAGUCUAGGAAUGAAACAAGGGAACAGAUGGAGCAGAGGAGUUAUGAGAUUGCCAUUGAGGUUUCUCAGCUCGAAGCAACUAUCGGCGGGUUGAGGGAAGAGGUUGCGAAGAAAACUUCUGUUGUUGAGGAUAUGGAGAAGAUUAUGGCCGAAAAGGAUGGAAAGAUAUCUGAGAUGGAAAGAGAGAUGGGUGAGAAGUUGAAUAAGAUGGAGAAUGAAGCUUUGGAGAUGAGGCAGUUUGUUGGGGAGUAUGAUGACAAGUUAAGGAGUUUGGAGUCGAAGAUGGAGUCACAGAGGCCUUUGCUGAUUGAUCAGUUGAAUCUCGUGUCAAGAAUUCACAAUCGGAUAUAUGCUGUGAUUAAGAUAAUUGAUGUUAAUAAUUUGGACCAGUCAGAGUUCUCGGAGUCCUUGUUUGUCCCGCAAGAAAUGGACAUGGAGGAGAAUAUACGUGCUGCUUUAGCUGGGAUGGAGUCUAUUUAUGAGUUAACCAGAAUUGUUGUUGAAAAGACUAGGGACUUAGUAGAGGAAAAGAGUCAUGAAAUAAAGAGUUUGGAUGAAACAGUGGGUCUACUGGUUAAGGAGAAAGAGCAUAUUGGAUCUUUACUUAGGAGUGCUUUGUCAAAUAGGAUGACAUUGGAUCCAUCUUCCAAAGGGAAUGCAUUGUUUGAAGUUGCAGAAAAUGGUUUAAGGGAGGCUGGGAUAAAUUUCAAAUUCAGCAAGCUUCUUGAGGAUAGAGAGGCUCCAACUCCCAAUGACAAAGUGGAUAUGCUGGGGACAGGGGGGGAUGAGAUAUACAAUUUGGCUGGUGCUUUGGAGAAAAUUGUCAAGGCAUCUCAGCUUGAGAUCAUUGAUCUCCAACAUUCUGUGGACGAACUAAGGGCAGAGUCGAGUUUACUUAAAGAGCAUGUAGAGGCUCAAGCCAAGGAGCUCAACCACAGAAUGCAUCGAAUAGAGGAACUUGAAGAAAAGGAGAGACUGGCAAAUGAUAGUGUUGAAGGGCUCAUGAUGGACAUUGCUGCUGCCGAAGAAGAAAUUACAAGAUGGAAAGUAGCGGCAGAGCAAGAAGCUGCUGCAGGCAGAGCUGUUGAACAAGAGUUUGUGGUGCAGUUGUCAGCACUUAAGCAGGAGCUUGAAGAGGCUAAGCAAGCCAUGUUGGAGUCAGAGAAGAAGCUCAAAUUCAAAGAAGAGACAGCCACUGCUGCCAUGGCAGCAAGAGAUGCAGCUGAGAAAUCAUUGAGGUUGGCAGACUUGAGGGCAUCUAGGCUGAGGGAUAGACUAGAGGAGCUUACCCAUCAGCUUGAAGAAUUUGAGAAUCGGGAAGACUCGAGGAGCCAAAAUAGGCCUAGAUAUGUAUGCUGGCCAUGGCAGUGGCUAGGGCUUGACUAUGUAGGUGUUCACCGGGCCGAGAUAGAACAACGUAGUUCCAAUGAAAUGGAGCUUUCUGAACCUCUUUUAUGAUAUAAUUUUAUUCCUCUUUUUUUCCCUUUUGUGUAUUUAUUGUGAUAUUUCAUAUUAAAAUAGUCAAGAAAUGGUAGCUUAUAGCAACUUCAUUGUU